AUUAGAGAAUACAUUGCAUACUUAGAUAUGAUGAAAGGAGUCCAUUUCCUUGCAAUUGUUGCUCUCUUGUCCCUUGCAUCCUCUCUUGUCUCUGCCUUCGAUCCCAGCCCUCUUCAGGACAUUUGUGUUGCAAUUGAUGACCCCAAGUCUGCUGUGUUCGUGAAUGGGAAAUUCUGCAAGGAUUUGAAGGAUACCAAGGCCGAUGAUUUCUACUUCUCUGGGCUCCAAAUUCCUGGAAAUACAGACAAUCGAGUUGGGUCAAAUGUCACUACUGUGAAUGUGGAUCAAAUCCCAGGCCUCAACACUCUAGGCAUAUCUUUGGUUCGCAUUGACUAUGCACCAUAUGGCCAAAAUCCUCCCCACACUCAUCCCCGUGCCACUGAGAUUUUGGUAGUCGUAGAAGGUACUCUGUUAGUUGGUUUUGUCACAUCCAACCCAGAGAAUCGUCUUUUCACCAAAGUUCUAAAGAAGGGAGAUGUCUUUGUGUUCCCAAUUGGUCUUAUUCACUUCCAGUUCAACGCUGGAAAGACUAAUGCUGUAGCCUUUGCUGGUUUGAGCAGCCAAAAUGCAGGUGUCAUCACGAUUGCAAAUGCGGUUUUUGGGUCCAAUCCUCCUAUCAACCCUGAUGUUCUCACCAAGGCCUUCCAACUUGACAAGAAUGUUAUUGAAUAUCUUCAAAAGCAAUUCUGAUUUGGACAACAUUUAGAGAAACUUCUGAAACAUUAGUGCGUCUUUGCCUCAUUCCAUUAUAUCAAUGUUAAAAUAAAAGAUUGCUUAUGUAACUCUCUCUAGAUGGAGUUGAAAGUAUAAAAUAAUAUUGAAGUUUGCUGAGCAUCUUUGUCUCUCUC